AUGCAAACAUCAACCCGCCCACACCUCCACACCCUCGCCCACCGCGGCACAAUCCAAGGUCUCACCAUCACAUCCACUCAAUCCUCCACCGACCUGUGCCACUACUUCGGCGGCGUCCGCUAUGCUCUGCCCCCACUGCAGCGCUGGCGUCGUGCCCGCCGACUCCCUUCUACAUUCACCUACGGCAGCAAAGAUGCCCCCGGUCGAUGUGAGACUGGUGCGGGGUUGUGUCCGCAACCGGGGUUUUUGAAUCUUUCGCCCGUGAAUGAGGAUGCUUGGACGGAGGAUUGUUUUCAGUGUAAUGUUUGGGUGCCGGUUGGGGAGGUGCCGAGGGGGGGGAUGGCCUUAUACCAUGUCUUUCUUCUUCCAUUGGUCCGACGGGUCAAUUUUCUUGUUUUUACUGUGGUUGGUAUAAAGGCUGACUGGUGGGCUGUUGUAGAUGGAGGCUGGUUGCAGUUUGGCUCGCCCAAUGGCUUCAAUGCGGCGGCGUUGCUGGGCGAGACGGAUUUCAAGUGUGUGAUUGUUAUGCCUGCGUAUCGGGUGAAUCUGUUUGGAUUCUUGUACUCGGCGGAACUCGAGCAGGAUGCUGCGGCCGUGGGGGAGACCGUUGGUAACCAUGGAUUCUGGGAUCAGCGGUUGGCGAUGGAGUGGACCAAGGAGAAUGUGCAUUUGUUCGGGGGCAAUCCGGAUAAUAUCACCAUCUCGGGGUAUUCUGCUGGUGCAAACUCCGUCUUCCACCAAUUGGCCUACGACCUCCGUCAACCAGACGACAAGGCCAUCGUCCGCCAGGCAUGCAUCUUCUCCAACUCCCCAGCAGUCCAACCCAAAUCCCCAGCAGAAACACAACUCCAAUUCGACCAGCUCCUCUCCGCACUAAACAUCCCCCUAACACUCUCCGGCAACGAAAAACUCGCCCGUCUCCGCGCCCUCCCACCAAGACAACUCCUUGACGCAAUCAAUUCCAUCGAAAUCCACCAAUUCCGCCCGACAACCGACAACGGCUUCAUCCUCCCCAAUCUCUUCACUUCCCUCGACAACGGCGACUUUGCCCGGAAACUCCUCUCCCGCAACGUCAGACUCCUCCUCGGCGAAUGCGCAGACGAACACUUCCUCUACAGCGUCUGGUAUCCACCAAAGGAAAACACCCUAGAUGCUCUCCGCACAAGACUCAUCGCCGAUUACCCCGAGCGAAUCGUCGAUGCCGUCUUGCCCUUGCACUACCCGACGAAAUCCCUGCCGCCGAAUUGCCAGAACUGGACACCCGAUGCUUGGGGCCGGAUCUAUGCUGAUAUGCAGGUGUACCACAUGCAGCGCGGCCUGAUCCACGCUCUUACCGAUAACACCGCUGGCGUCGAUGCGUCGCGGUUAAUCUACCGGUAUCGGAUUGAGUUCCGGGCCAAGUGUAUUGAGAAGGGGAUCCCGUUGGAGUGGGGAGUCACGCACUCGUCGGAUUAUCCGUUGUGGUUCUGGGGCAAUGGGGAUGUUUUGACGGAGGAUGAGAAGAGGAGUACUGAGAAGGCGUUUAUUGGGCCGUUGGGUCGGUUUGUGAAGGGUGUGCAGGUGGGGAGUGAUGGGUUUGGAUGGGGCACUAGUGGGAAGGGGGUUAGGGUGUUGAGGGCUGAUGGGGAGGUGGAGAUUCGGGGGGAUGAGCUUUGGGAGGAGGGUGUUAAGGUGUGGAAGGCUUUGAGGGAUGUGGGUGAGAAGGCUAAGUUGUGA